AUAUUUAUUGACGCCAUUUACCUGUAAUUUAAUUGACGUGCGUAAACUAGAUAUGGGAAUUAAUCGCAGACUUCUAACUGUUUUGUCGGUGUCAUCAGCAAUACUUAUUUUAUACAAGGCUUUUAAAGUAUGGACAAGGGACAGGCUAGGUCUAGCAUUUACAAUUGGGAAGUCCUGGGACGGCAAAGAUCUGUCUCACCAAAAAGCGGAAAUCUAUUUAAGUAAAGGAGUGUCAAAUGAAGUUGUUUUAAGUGUUCGAGCCCCUUUCUACAAUGAUCCACCGGCACCAAAUGGUCCAGUAGGGCAGCCAUUUCCACAACUAUGGGAUUAUGAAGUUGUAGAGGCUUUCUUUUUAUCUGAUUCUGGAAAAUAUUUGGAAGUUGAGCUCUGUCCUCAUGGUCAACAUAUAGUCCUGAUGUUAGACGGUAGAAGAAACAUGAUAAAGGACAAACUGCCAUUAUUAUUUACAAGCAAAAUUUCUGGUUCAGAAUGGACAGGUACGGCUGUUAUACCUGCAGAUUAUUUCCCGCCAAAUGUGUCUAAAUUUAACGCUUAUGCAAUUCAUGGAUCGGGUGAUAACAGACAGUAUGAAGCUUACAUGGCAGUACCAGGUGACCAGCCAGACUUUCACCGACUCGAAUACUUUGCUAACGUGGACUUUUCAUCAAUUCUACCUGCCCAGCCACAAUCGUCACCUUAUUGGCAACAGAAGCCAGGAACCGCUUGAUGCAAUUUUAAAUUCUUUUGUAAACAAGUGCAUUUCAAAAUUUAUGAAAAUCAAAAUCAUUGGUGGACAUGCAGUGCCUAAUUUUACAUCAAACUGUAUAAUAAAAAGCAAUAUUUAAUUGAAAAUUUGAGUUUUGUUUAUGAAUUUGUGUCAUAUGUGUAUUAUUUUUACAAAAUAUAUAGUGUAGUAUAAAGGGUUAUUUAAGUAAUCAUUAUUAUGUGAUUUAAUUAAUCAAUAAAUUAUGCUAUAUACUAUAAGUUUUGCUAUAUAUAGUAUAAAUUAUGCGCUGAAUGUGCAAUAUCAGAUCUUAGACAAAAUUUAUUGCAUAUUUUUACAUGUGAUAUGGGAAUUUAUUUCACGAUUAAUACUGGUAUAGUGAGGUAUAAUUUAUACCACUCCUCGUGUAUUACUCAUUUUGGAUAGUGCUUACGUAGAUGAAAAGAAAAAUUAUCUACUUUUCUGAAUAUGGAAUGUAUUUUUGUGUGUGUGUUGAUGAACUUCAUUAGGUGAAAGAACAUUAUUCAUUUAUUCAAAGCAAUAGAAUAUCAUUUAUCUAUUAAGUUUUGACAGCAUGGGACUAGGUCAAAAGUUAACCCACACACUUUACCGAAUAGAUAUACAUUUUAGAACUAAAAUCCAUUGUCAUCAUGAAAUUAAGACAUGUUAUGAGAAAUUAAAUUUUGAUGGAAAGAACAAAACUUGACGGAACAUAUAAUUAAAUUAU